CAGCUGGCUGUGCUUCUCAGCAAAUCGAAGGAGUGGAAGUGACUAAGGCGGGAAGCCAGUCCCCAACUCAGGACGCUGAAGAAAGAGCCAUGAAUUGCUUCAAAACUCCAGCAAGCGACUCUUGGGUGUAUCCCACUGUAAUACUCUGCUUAUUUGGAUUUUUCUCCAUGUUCAAGCCCGCUGAACCAUUCUUAAUCCCAUUUUUGUCUGAACCCAGUAAGAAUCUAACCCAAGCAGAGAUGACGAAUGAAGUCCUUCCCGUUUGGACAUACUCCUACCUGGCGGUGCUACCCCCUGUGUUCAUCCUCACCGAUUACCUGCGCUACAAACCAGUCAUCAUAUUACACAUCGUGGCCUUCAUCAUUUGCUACCUGCUUCUUUUGUUUGGCCAGGGUGUGAUGCCCAUGCAGGUGGCUGAGUUCUUUUUUGGGGUCGUCUCAGCCACGGAGAUAGGCUACUAUUCCUACAUAUAUAGCAUGGUCAGCCCUGAGCACUACCAGAAAGUGAGCAGCUACUGCCGGAGUGUCACUCUGGUGGCCUACACAGUAGCCUCAGUGCUGGCCCAGCUCCUGGUAUCCCUGGUGACUCUGCCAUACUCUUUCCUAUUUUACACAACCUUGGCCUGUGUCUCUGUGGCUUUCUUUUUCUCACUUUUUUUACCAAUGCCUAAGAAGAGCAUGUUUUUCCAUACAAUGCAUGACGGUGACGCCCGUCAAAAGCCCCUGGGACAAGAUACUGCCCUUGAGGAAGCUCACAAGAAACACAAGACAGCUCAUCCAGAACUGCCUGCCACUUCAGAGACUCCCAGGCACAGAGUGCUGAGCAACCCAGAGCCAGAAAAUGUGGCUUUGAGAGUCUUUGUGCAUUGGUUCCGAGACCUGAAGGAGUGCUAUGCCUCCAAACACCUUUUUUACUGGUCCCUGUGGUGGGCUUUUGCUACAUCGGGUUAUAACCAAGUCUUGAACUAUGUUCAAGUCUUAUGGGAACACAAGGCACCCUCGCAAGACUCUUCUAUCUAUAAUGGAGCAGUAGAGGCUGCGGCAACAUUUGGAGGAGCUUUGGCUGCGUUCUCAGUGGGCUACGUGAAGGUCAACUGGGAUCUCCUAGGAGAACUGGGUCUGGCCAUCUUCUCAGCUGUCAUCGCCGGCGCACUGUUUCUCAUGAAUUACACGCUCAGCAUCUGGGUGUGCUAUGCCGGCUAUUUACUGGUCAAGUCUAGCUAUAUGUUUCUUAUAACCAUAGCAGUGUUUCAGAUUGCUGUUAACCUGAGCGUAGAACGUUAUGCCCUGGUGUUUGGCAUAGACACUUUCAUUGCCUUGGUGAUUCAGACUAUCAUGACUGUGAUUGUGGCAGAUCAAAGAGGGCUCCACUUGCCAGUCACCACUCAGUUUUUAGUUUAUGGAAGUUACUUUGCUGUCAUUGCUGUGGUCUUCCUACUGAGAAGCACAUACAUUAUCUACUCGGCCAAGUGCCAAAAGGAAGAAGAGAGCCUUGUUGCCACUGAGAGUCCCAAUGAGCCACACCCACAGCAGCCAAGAGAUGUGUCGACAAAGUUCUAAUGCAAUCACAUCAAUUCCAGUCACAAAA